AACGUCUUCUUCUGACGCGUAAACGUGACGCAACGCGGAAACUGGUGACGUCGCAGCACAACAAAGAUGGCAGGAAUAGGAAGCAGCAACUACUGGGAAGAUCUGCGAAAGCAGGCCAGGCAGUUGGAGAAUGAACUUGACCUGAAGCUGGUCUCCUUCAGCAAACUGUGCACCAGCUACAGCAGCUCCAGGGACGGACGUCGAUCAGACACGUCAGACACCACUCCACUGCUAAACAACUCUACCCAGGACAGGAUGUUUGACACCAUGUCAGUGGAGCUUGAACAGCUGCUGGCCAAAUUGACUGCAGUGAAUGACAAGAUGGCGGAAUACACCAAUGCCCCGGGAACGUCUUCCCUCAACGCUGCACUCAUGCACACGCUUCAGAGACACCGAGACAUCCUACAGGAUUACACACAUGAGUUCCACAAAACCAAAGGCAACUUCUUGGCCAUUCGUGAGAGAGAAGACCUGCUCGGGUCCGUCAGGAAAGACAUUGAGACAUACAAAAGUGGCUCCGGGGUCAACAACAGAAGAACAGAGAUGUUUCUAAAGGAGCAUGAGCAUCUGAGAAACUCGGACCGACUGAUGGACGACACAAUAAGAUGCCACAGAAGACAAACACAGAGCCUUAAUCUUUUCCUGCCAACUGCCCAGCUGAACUUUCCUGCUCUGAAAGUUGCUAAGGCCCCAGUUUGAGAAGAAGGUACAAUAUCACAGCAAUUCCAUACCUUUAUGGUUUCCAGCAACCUAGAUGCUGCUUUUAGGUUGAGUGCAUGGUGUCAAGGGGUUUGGCAACAUGGGACCACCAUAGCAGUGUUAUCUGAGGAUUGAGUUUAGAUGAUCGGAUGUUUUCUUAUUUGAUUUUGUGUAUUUUUUUCACAAUUAAAAUGAUACUGUAUCAUUUUGUCUGUGUUAAGUACUUGCCACAAGUGAAAAAUGACAGAAGUCAAGUGUCCAGCCGUCCACGACAUUGUGCUCUGAACAGUUUCACCAAAUCUUAACUGUUGGAAGUCUGUUACAGAAAAAUACUAACUCAAAAAAUAGCUGGUGAAACUGUUAUCAUCUUAAAUACAGGUUUUCUUGCAAUAUAUUACAUCAAAUCUCAAGAAGGGUAAAACAAAAGCAGUUAACAAUGUGUGUGUAGGUCUGGGGCCACCGUUGUUGGAUUGAUGGGUGGAGGUCGAAGAUGUUAUUGAUCUUCUAUUGAUCCUCAGAUGUAGGGAAUUGUGAUACUUUUUCACAAUGCGUUUGGGGUUAGUGUGUGUUAUCCUGAUCCCAGGAAAAAAAUGUGACAAGCUUAUUUUUUUUUGGUAUGUUUAUGUGUGUGCUUUUCAAAAUCAUGUCCAGUCAAUUGACUUUGCCACAGGUGGAUGUGUCUUACCCUCUCAAAGAUGUUUAAAGAAAUGGGAAGCACCUGAGCCUUGUCUUAGCAAAGGGUCUGAACACUAAUGUCAAUGUGUUAUUGAGUUAAUCCUUUUAGGGAAUUUGCUUUUUCACUGUCAUCAUUGGACAUUGAAUGUAGAUUAAGGAGGGGUUAGCAUAAGGAUGCACUGUAACAAAAUCCGAAAAAAGGGUGAAAUAUUUCAAGAUCCUCUUCUGUCCUCUGACAGUUUAUCACUUUUAACCUGCACCAUGCACCUGUGACCCUUCACACUGACGCUCAUUCCCCCUAGAAACAUCCCCCUGGAGGAAUUGGAUUUCCAUUUCAUUGUUGUCUCAAUUGCAGCCAAAGGUACUUUACGGUACUAAUGACUGCGAACACGUUUAGUAUUGUCAUCUCUCAACUCAUUUCACUCUGUC